AUGACUGAAGAGCCCGGUAAAUCUCCAAUUCUCGGGGAGCCACCCAACGCAGUCCUGACCGACUCACGCCCGACUCCCGCUCGCGAGACCCGCACGGACGACCGAGAGGCAUUGGAACUCCAACAGAUACAAACGUGCGAGGACAACGACAUAGACUACUCGUCCCCAUCAGCUUCGUCGGGCGAGGAGUAUGUGAGCACACGUCGGACAACGUCCCGUCCGGAUUCCCGUCGCGAGCUUGAAGCUCGCACAGGUCUUUGGAGCUGGAUAUGUCGGUUCUGGAAUCGACAUGUGAGCCUGACGGUGCCACAGAAGAGCAAUCGAGAUCACUUCGGUAAAUUCACACCACACUCCCAAGGCACGCUUUUGACCAUUCCACUAAAACAAUCUCGAAGCCCUGGAAAGAACGUUCCUUGCAUACAUCCGUACGUCCACGGUGAUCGCCAUGCAAGGGGUUCUCGUCGCUCAACUCUUCCGCCUGCAACGACCCUUACUCCAAGUCGAUCGCUUGUCGUUUCAUGA